AUGGCCGACAUCGAACCCUUCACGAUUUCCAUCGCCGACUCUGAACUCGCCGACCUCAAGACCCGUCUCUCUCUCGCGCGCUUCCCCACCGAACUCGACUCCUCGGGCUGGGACUACGGCACGCCGCUCGCCGACGUGCAACGCCUGACACGGUACUGGAAAGACAGCUUCGACUGGCGCGCCGCCGAGCAGAAACUCAACAGCCUGCCCAACUUCCGUACGACCAUCACGGUGCAGGGCUUCGAGCCGCUCAAGAUCCACUUCGUGCACCGGCGGUCCCACGUCGAGAAUGCCGUGCCUUUACUCUUCGUGCACGGCUGGCCCGGGUCAUUCAUCGAAGUGACCAAGAUGCUGGACGAUCUGGCUCUUGCGUCCAGCGAGAGGAGCGCCAGCCCGACCAGCUCAAGCUCAUCCUCUCCCCCAGCAUUCCACGUCGUGGCCCCCAGCCUCCCGAACUUCGGCUUCAGCGAGGGCCCGACGCGCAAGGGCUUCGCGAUCGCGCAAUACGCCGAGACGUGCCACAAGCUGAUGCUCCAGCUCGGGUACACCGAGUACGCCACCCAAGGCGGCGACUGGGGGUACUACAUCACGCGGGCCAUGUCCCUGCACUACCCGUCGCACUGCAAGGCCACGCACGUGAACUUUGACCAAGGCGAGCCGCCCGCUCUGCUCCGACACCCGGCGCUGGCCAUCCAGCACGCCGUGACGCCGUACACGCCCGCGGAAAAGGCCGGACUACAGCGCACGGCGUGGUUCCUGCACGAAUCGUCGGGCUAUCGCGCGCAGCAGGCCACGCGGCCACAGACGCUGGGCUACGCCCUGCACGACAGCCCCCUCGGUCUGCUCGCGUGGGUGUACGAGAAGAUGCACGACUGGAGCGACUCGUACGCGUGGUCGGCCGACGAGGUCUGCACGUGGGUGAGCAUCUACUGGUUCAGCACGGCGGGACCCGCGGCCUCGCUGCGCAUCUACUACGAGGCCACGCACCAGUGGGAUGACCCCGCCCGGCGCGUCACCCGCGACCGCACGCGCGAGUACAUCGGCGGAGGGGUCAAGUUGGGGUUGACGCACGCGCCGCGCGAGGUCCGCGUCCUGCCGGCGACGUGGACGCGGACCCAGGGCGACGUCGUGUUCGAGCGGGGUCAUGACAAGGGCGGUCACUUCUUCGCGUGGGAGAGACCUGACGAUCUGGUCGCCGAUCUGAGGGACAUGUUUGGCAAGGGGGGCGGGGCGUAUAACGUCGUCAAGGGGAAGAGUGGGUAUUAG